AUGGACUCCAUAAUCAUCAAAAUCCCAGGAUCAUACCCUCGUGACCACCGCUCAAGCCCCCCGAUCGUGAAUAAACUCAUCAGUAGUAAUAGCGGCGCACAACAAUUCACAGAAUUCACUCCGCAAGUCACAGCCCUGCUAUCAAAAUAUGAUGCUCGCGUGCCGCGCGAAAGUGCGCGUAGCAUAUCCAAUCGGCAGUCGGAUACAGCUGUUAUGAUUUUUGAGUUUUUGAAUGGGAUUGUUGGGUUUUUGAGCAGUAUUUGUUCUGUUGUGUGCGCUUUGUGUUCUGGGUUCUGGGACAGCACAUCACAAUCCUUGGAAGAUAGUGUGGAUGACAAUACAACCGCCAAGAUGCUCAAACCUAUACUCCUGUUGCUUGCAGCAUACGAAGCAGGGCAGGUGUACUCGAUCACUACAGAUGGAGAAGUCCUGAAUGGGGAGGUCACGGUUCAUGCUUGGGGACAUGAUUAUGAGUUUGCUCGGACGUUGAAGCAGUAUGAUGAUUCGCUGGUGCGUGAUGAGUGUGCAGAAGAUCAAUUCUCCAAGACGAUUGGUAGGAUUGUUUGUGCAAUGGGACGCAGUCAUAAUAAACUCACCUACAUUAUGGCCACGGCUGUUCUAACCGAAUGCAUCUGCAAUGUUCUACAAAUUAGAAGCUGCUACGGGUUGGCGGUUAUGAUGGCGUGUAUUCUUGCUGUUCUGUUUGCAGCAGCGGAAGAUUAUGUUGGUUGUUCGGCUACAUCUACAUCUACCUCUACCUCUGUGAAAGAGUAUCGUGAGACGACGCUGCGGGAUUUGAUGAUCGGUGCAUUGAAGAAGAGUGGUAUUCGCUAUGCUAAAGUUCGGACUAUAUCGGCAAUGGACACGUGCAGGACUAGUGACACCGAAGUGCUGGAAAAGUACCUUAUCAAAGGACUGAAAGCACCCACCACCGGAACCGUUCACGAUAUAUAUGUGACACAUUAUAAACGUGGGAUGCUUGUCGAGCGAUUUACCCCCGAAGAAGAUACGGUAUCCCCCUCCAGCCCUGCUGACUCUCCCGACAAUAAUCACGACGGAUACAAAGUCUCCUACGGCCUUCGGUACUUGGCGGAGGUGAGCCCGCAAGACCAACAAGCCAUAGCAAAGGGCAUUGGUAGAUCAUGGACCUGCAUGGACCAGACCAGCACCAUGAUCUUGACCGAGUGUGACAUCUCUGACGAGCACGCGGACUUUUACUUCGACUUUGAUGCACGGAGUGAUGACGAAGACAACGAAGAGGAGGGGGACAUUGAGAUCGCCGGCUCGUUGAAUGGUUUCCUAUAAUUGAAACCUUGUGUCCUGUCAGUCUGCGUUGGUAUCCCUGUUCAAUCAUGUUCUUAAUGCAAAAGCAUAUCCCACACUUACCUCCCUCUUCCCUUUCCCUCCUCAAGUUCAUC